AUGGUGCCCCGCGAACAACCAAGCUCCAGCUUCCGGUGGCGCGUGGUUUCCGGCUCGGAUCGGAACCUGGAGCCCGGAUUCGAUCCGGGUGUGAACAUUCCAAAAGCAGGUAAGGCAGCCCCCCUCCCCCACCCUCCCGCCUCGCCGCGCGCCGCCCCCUCGCCCCCCCGCGCGGGGACCCUGGGCCGGCGGGCCCCCUCUGGCGCGCGCGGGGCGCAUCUCGGGGAGGCGCGGCGCGGCCCCGGCAGCGGCCGCGGCGCCGCCUGCUGCUCCCUCCCCUCCGUCCCGCUCUCCUCCUCCACGCCGCCUGUUCUUUGUUACAGGCAGGAGCCGCCUGCGGCCGCGCGGCGUGGAGGGGGCGAGGCGGGUCCGAGGCAAAACCCGGCGGAGCCGCUCCCGGAUCCCCAGCCCAACCCAGGCAGCCGCCCGCCCGCCCGCCCGCCCCGUGCGGGCAAGGCUCGCCUGGCGCCUCCGCCGCCCUGGGCUGCGCUUCUCUCCCGCCCCGCGCCCUUUCCUCCUUUCCCCUCCAACCCGGACCGGACCUGGGUGGGGCAGCCCCUGUACUCGGGGAGGCAGCGCGGGCGGGCGGUGCACCCCGAGAGGCAAGGCUCGGGCUCGCCCUGGGGCUGGGAAGCGGAGGGCUUCGGCUUGCCCGGGGGCAGGACAAAGCGCCCUCCCUCCCCCGCCGUGCCUGCGCCUGGUGCGCGGCUGGAGAAGGGCAGGGCAGGCGCCGCUCUUGCGAAGGGGGCGUGUGGAGGUGGCCUGCUCCACGGACUGCAGCCACUCGGAGAGGUGCGGGACUCUCGCCUUAAAAUCCGCAGAUUGUGCCCCCUCUCUGGCGCCCGCUUGGUCCUUUUGUGCCACAUGUACAAGGUCACACACACACGCGCGGACCUUGGGGAAAUUCGGCAUAUCUGGCACGUCCUGUUCUUGCAGUCGCGUUUUCUCAAUGCAUUGAAACAAUGUGGGUUUCUUUAAAAUAAACAUUUAAAAUGCUCUUUUAAAAAAAUUCUCCACUCGCCUCGGUUGAGAAGUAGAUCUGGUAGAAUAGCUUGCUGAUUAUGAUAUUAUAUUCUGAUAAAUUAAUUCUCAUAUUUUAAAUACUAAAUGUAUGCGUGAGUCAGGUAUUUUCCCUAUUCUCCAAUCAUCCAUUUGGCUAUAAGGAGUUACUGUUGGAACUGUAUUUCAUCCUCUGAUGUGGAUGGACUGGCAAAGGUUUGUUAGCCAGGCAGAUUCAUCCAGUGGCGUAAAUUGCUCUCUUUUUAUUACAUUUUUCAAAAAACUAGUUUAAUCAUGCGGGUCAUGUCCAUGUAUGAAAAUAAAUGUGAAAACUGCAAGUUUUAACUGGUUUUAAUAAAAAGACAUUGAAUGCAGAUGCAUUGUUUCUUGACCUGUUUACCUGUAUCGAAGGCCACAUACUACACUGUGUCAAAAAUAUUAACAUGUCAGAAAGGAAUGUGUGAAGUGACCCGUCAUAGGUGGCUUGUAAAAUCCCCAAAAUGGAAUUUAGAGUAGGAUUAUUGUUCAUGUACUAAUCUGAUAUGGGGGUGGAGGCUUUUCCAAUUUUUGGAUUCUCCAUCAUUAAUACUUCUUUGCACUCUUGCUUGUGUUGACACACUCAGCAUAAUGUCAUGGAGUGUUUGCAAGGGAAACUGCCAAUUUCCAUGGUGCAUUUAUUUUUUCCCCUUCACACAUGGUCACGUCCUGCUGAGGAAGUUAAUUAAGGCUACAUGUUCCAACCACUGUUGAUAGUAGAUAUAAAGGGGGAGGUAUGUUUGUUCAAUAAAUUUAUUGUUUAAUGGUGCCCACAGCGUACUUGAUGAUUGAUACAUUCAACUGCAAGAUGCAUGGGUGCCAUUGUAUGGUCCUAAAACACCUUUGGAACCCAUGAAGUUUGCUAUUAGAGGCCCAUUUAAGGUGGCAAAGAUGCUUCAAAAUAAUCUCUCGUAAAAUUAAAACCAAUACUAUAAUAUUCAGUAAGUGAGCAAAAUAAAAUAUUGGAAAGCAUUUUCCUUGUUUCCUUGCACAAAUUCAGAUAUUAGUUAAUCCAUUAAUCCACUUGCAGUCUCUUUCCUGCUCCUGUUAUUGAUGUAAAUAAUUUUUCUCUAAUACCUUUAAUCAUGCAAAUACUUGCACGUUUGGCUUAAAAUCUCAUCUAGUUGUACGAUUGGCAUUGGACUGUUUACUAAGUAUCAGGUGUCUAUGUUUUCUCAGCUAUACUCAGAUAUGAUCUCACUCUUUUUAUGCUGCUUUUUUAAUUAGUUCUUCUUCCUCACCUAUCUUGCCCAAAGAAAAAUGUACCAAUUAGCAGUUUACUGCAAGUUAUUAUCUGUGUUUAUUUCACGGAUGCUAUUUCUGUAGUCAUGUAGCCUUGAUAUCAGUAUGAUUAUUCGUUUAUAUUUUUGCAAAAUGAAAGCAUUUUAAUAAAAUUAAUUAGUAUGGUGCAUCUGAAUUUUGCUUUGCGUGUCAAUGGGAAACUAAGGCAUUAAAAAUACCAAAAAGAAGAAAAGGAAAACCAUAGUGUUAACAACAGUUAUAAGCACUGAAAAUUGCCACAAAUGUAUAAAUACUGCAACCAAGUAUAAAAUGUAUUGACUCUGCUUUUGUCAACAUGUUGAUUUGCAACUUAAAGACUUGUAUAGUGCAGUGUUUCACACCCUCUUCCCAUCUGUCAUCUAUAUGGCUCAGCUGGUUAGUGUGUGGUACUGAUAAUACCAAGGUUGCAGGUUCGAUCCACAUGUGGGGCAGCUGCCCGUUCCUGCAUUGCACGGGGUUGGACUAGAGCCUUGGAACUCUUCCAACUAUGAUUCUAAUUUUGGACUAUCCAGGGUUCAUUCUCGUUGUACCACUUGUGAGCCAAAGUCAAUGUCUGGGACAGUAGUGCUAGACCAGCGUUUCCACCUGUUUUGGGACUACAAUUCCCAUUAUCUCUGACUACUGGUCCUGCUAGCUAGGGAUGAUGGAAGCUGUAGUCCAAAAACAGCUGGAGACCCAAGUUUGGGAAACUGCCCUAGAGGAAGGUGGAGGUCAAAACAUAAUUAAAGUCGGUGUUCAUUUUCCUGGACAUGUCUUGUUUAUCUCCCAGGAUCCUGGUGCUUCCGGGAUGCUUACAAGCAGGGUGUAAAGUUAGCCUUCUGUCCCCAGCAUGUGAUAUUCAGAAGAGUACUCCUGAGUAUGGAGGUGCCAUUUAGCUAUCAUAUAUUAGCUAUGGAGAGAAUAUCAUUUGAAUUUAAUCACUUUUUGAGCCAUCCCAGCUAACAGACUUAUGGGGUACUUGUUACAUAAAAUACACACUUGAAAUGAUUUGCUCACAAAUGAAAACGGCAUGAGAGUCAAAAUAGUGUUUCCAGAGAGCUAGGAUUAGUUGUACUGGGCAUCCAUGUUGUGGAAAGCACGUUUGCUGCUACAUAAAAUUGUGAAGCAUCCCUAAUUCACUUAGUCCCUAUAUCUAUUAGGGGAAACAUCCUGUGCCUCACAAGUUCAGAGGUAGUUUCUGUCAUGCUUAACCACAUGUGCAUUUUAGGUAAUUAAGCCGACGUGAACUGCCAGGGUCCUUUAUGCCUUCAGGUAAAUGUACACAAAUGGAGAAAUAAUAAUAAUAAUAAUAAUUAUUAUUUAUUUAUACCCUGCCCAUCUGGCUGAGUUUCCCCAGCCACUCUGGGCGGCUUGCAAUCAAGUGUUAAAAACAAUACAGCAUUAAAUAUUAAAAACUUCCCUAAACAGGGCUGCCUUCAGAUGUCUUUUAAAGGUAGGAUAGCUGCUUAUUUCCUUCACAUCUGAAGGGAGGGCGUUCCACAGGGCGGGCGCCACUACCGAGAAGGCCCUCUGCCUGGUUCCCUGUAACCUCACUUCUUGCAAUGAGGGAACCGCCAGAUGGCCCUCGGUUCUGGAUCUCAGUGUCUGGGCUGAGCGAUGGGGGUGGAGAUGCUCCUUCAGGUAUACAGGACCAAGGCCAUUUAGGGCUUUAAAGGUCAGCACCAACACUUUGAAUUGUGCUCGGAAACGUACUGGGAGCCAAUGCAGAUCUCUCAGGACCGGUGUUAUAAUUGAAAUCAAGCUCUUUCUGUUUUAUAGAUUGCCUCUCCAUAAGCAAAAGCUAAAGGGCCCUCUUAAGAAGUGCCAUGUCAAUGUCCUUGCUUGUCUUUUCUGCAUUCGGGAGUUUUAUUUCUAGAAGACUCCCAAAUAAAUACCAGUUUUGGCCCCUCUCCGUUGUCAGCUAUCGCAGUUACCUGCAAAACAUUUCAGAACAGAAGCUGCUGUUUCUGAAAGUACCAGAUUGAAAGCUUAGAAGCGGUCUUCAAUGAUAGGUGGGGAGACUUGAGUAUCUGAGUGAGCAGCGAGUGCCAUCUUAGAAAUAAAAACUUCAGAUAUAUUAUUCAGAUUGUGGUGGAUUAUCUGUCGCUCCAAGUAUCUCCUCAAAGUGCAAUGCAUGAAUCUCAGUUGUACUCAGUUUUGCACAAGAAAACUGACAUCAACCCUUCUGCAAAAAGUAGUGUUUCUUGGGCUACCAGUAGCCUUCAGUUUUCUCAAUAGCAGCACACCCUGUGGUUUGCAUGUCAUGCCAAGUCAAACUAUGGUUUAGCGCAGUGUUUCCCAAACUUGGGUUUCCAGCUGUUUUUGGACUACAACUCCCAUCAUCCCUAACUAGCAAGACCAGGGUCAGGGAUGAUGGGAACUGUAGUCCAAAAGCUGAAGACCCAAGUUUGGGAACACUGGUUUAGCAGGACCAUACAGCCUCCAGAGAGGAGCUCACAGCUGCUGUGCCCUUGCCUGGUCCUUUUUGCUGCCAUGCUGCACUGAGCUGAACCAAAGCUGGACUGCAACAGUAAGUACUGGGCUCCGAGAAUCAUAUAAUUUCUGUAAAAUAUUGGGUCAUAAGUGAUGUGUAAUUUCCUCCCCACAGAUGUGCGUCUGACACCUUCAUUGCGUAACUUUUGUUGUAUGCUGAAGAUUCAUCUCUACCCUGUUCUUUUUACACUUGAGAUACAUAUAAUUUAGGACCCACUCUAGUUGUGAUUGAAAAUAUUUUUAACCUGUUUUCAGUUAUGUAUUUUAUAUUGAUAUAACCUGCCCUGGAACGUUCUGGUGAAGGGCAUGUCAAUCUAAGUUAUUAUUAUUAUUAUUAUUAUUAUUAUUAUUAUUAUUACAUUGCACUUAAAGUAAAAUGAAACAGUACUGAAUAAUAACUCUUUACCAACUGUUUGAUCCUUCCAACUGUUCACAUUAUAUGCACAGUUUCAUAAGAACUUAUUGUGGAAAUCAAUACGUUUCGAAUUAUUACAUUUUGAUACUUUUAAUUGGUCUUAACUUGUUUUCGUCUUUCAACAUAUGUUGAAAGAUGCAACCUUUGCAACCUCGAAGCUAGGUACCUCACUUUUAUUUUCAUUUUUCAAGUGAAGGCCGUUUGCAAAUGGGAUUGGCUAGGGCUUUCCACCAUAUGUAUAAAAUCACAUGGAAUGGACAUGUGCCAUACAUAGCUCUGUAAAUGCUUUUUCCUGUAUGGAAGUUAUGUUUGUUUAGGAAACUUGUCAUGUUCUGCAAUUCAAACACAAGGUUGAAUGUUAAAUUUUCAAGUUAUUGUACACAGCGUUCUUAAAACAAUAACAUUCGUGGGUAAUGGGAAGGUGAUAGAGCACCUACCAUCUCUAGGUAGGGCUAGGAAUAUCCCAUUUGAAACCCUGGAGAACUGCUGCCAAUCAAUGUAGACAAUAUCUGACUGAUGGUCUGACUCAAUAGAAUGCAGUUCCUUUAAUUUUGUGAGUUAAGUUCUGUGUUUAACUGUAGGGAGUGAUAUAACCCUUUAGAAAUCAAUAGCAAAACUCCAGCCAAAUGUAACCUGGGGCCUGUUUUCAUCCAGCCUCUCCUAGACAUAAAAAGCACUUUCGUUAAUAUGUUGGAAUCCACAUAACUCGGGCAGGUGAGCUUUUUGCUAUGAAGUGCCUAACAGUCUCAUUGGAAUCUGUCCCUUCUGUUUUCAAAGGUCUUCAAAAUGGCAGAGGAUGGCAGCAAGGAGGCCGUGCUUAUCUGUAAGUAUCCAAGAAUACUUCUGCAUUAAAUAUGCCUCUGCAUAUUAAUUGUCAAUGAGAGCCAAAUGAGGGCUGCCACCUCUCCUGUGUUCAAAAUAGAAGAGACAAUGGAUGUCCGAUCCUGGCACCCAGUAAAAUGCGGACAAUUUAAGUGGUUGUGUUCCAUUUAGGAGAGGCUGAGCCAGUGUAGGCAGGAACUGCGCAGGCACAGCAAACAGUCUGCCAUGCAUUGUAGAUUUUCUGGGGAUAUUUACUAAGACCUUUUGCUACUGCUAUCAGAGGUAUUAGUGGGCACAUUGGCAAGCUAUAAAGGUGAACAAAUGCAAGCACAUAUACUUAGUCUUCCUCUUGUCUGGGGAUGAGACCUGAGAGGUUAAAAUAGGAUUUACAGAAAAGAUGGGGGGAUUGGAGAGGGGGAAAGAAGCAUGGUGUUCAAAACUAUAAAUGACUGGUUCUCAAAACUUUUUUCUCUGAGCCAUACUUUCAGAAUAAAAAUUUGAUUGUGCCACACUGAAUUUUGUAGUGAUUAGAAAUACAUUGGGGGGGGAGAAACAACAACUAGCAGUGCUUGAUUUAUAACAUAGAACACAACUACUUUAUAAUAUGAUGAUGGGAAACCAGAAAGUAUGAAACAAUGCAGCUACAUAAGAACUUGAAUCAUUCCCAAACUCUAAUGAUAAACACGUCUUCUCUAGCACUAUGUUUGAACCGUGAUUCUAGCUCACAACUAGGAUUGUGCUCAGUAUCAUUUGAUGUUCUUGCUGUCAUUUUGAAAAGAUAUCUUUCCAUAUUCUGCAAAUAAUAAAAAUUAUUUUGAUACUAUACUAUAGUGAAAUGUUUAAAUGUUUCUUUGAUUGUCCUUGAAUCUUUAUGCUACACUUGCCAUCCUUUCCUGCCACACCAGUUUGGGGCACCACAACCUUUCAGAACUGCUGCCAUAAAUGCAUGGGCCCAGAUUGCACUGUGGAUUUACAGAUUUUAUCUGAGAUAUCAGCUGUUGAAUCUGGGCAUACACACACUGAAUUUUACAUGUGAACACCCUUUCAAACAGCAUGCCUGGGCAUUGGUGCCUGGUGAUAUCAAAGGUGGGAUAAGUGCACUUGCUGGGCAUGGGGUACAAGGUGUGUUUUGUUCCCUACUACUAGGUAAAGUUAUUAUAAGGGGUUGAAGAUGCACCAGAGAGGAGUAUGGAGAAGUUUGAGAUGCAUGUGCUUGGAAAAUGCACAUUUUUUUUCAGUUUUGUGAGAAGCUUCUGAAUAACCCUUAGUAGGAUUUCUUGUUCUCUGUGGGAUUCUUCCUCUAAUGGCUAGAAUUUAAGUGGUGGUGGUGGGGUGGUACUUAAUUUAUAGCAACUGGCAUCACAGACAUCCGUAGCUUCAAGCAGUCUCGUUUUACAAACCAAACAAUUUGUUUUGUUUCAUUAUUUUGCUGUUCUGUGUUUUUUUCUUCACGCACCAUCACAAUAAAUAAAUACUGAAGGGUUAGAACAGCCCUAAUAGCUUUGCAGAUGCCCCCAAGGCAUAAAAGAGCAUGCGAGAGUGCUGUUUAGUUGUGAUUACUCUGCAGUGCUGACAGCUGUGGUGCUUUUUUUGCUUUUUUACCAGCAAGCUAAGCCGAUGUGUCUGAGAUACUACUAAAAAAAUACAGGAUGACUUGUAGCAGGACUACAGGAGACAUCAUUAGAGAGCAAAAUAGUGAGUUGCAGUAGUGUUGGUUUGAAAGCAGAAGACCAGGGUUUGGAAACCAUGCUCUGUUUGUGAGGCUACCUUUGAGGUUGGUCAGGAGGCUGCAGCUGGUGCAGAAUGUAGCAGCUUGGGAGCAUACUGCUGCCAGCAUAUAACGCCUUGCCUGUGGGGUUUGCACUGACUGCCAAGUUCAAGGUGUUGGCAUAUACCAUGCAGGGCCAGGUUAUAUACCCAGUGGGACACUGUGGUUGGUGGGAGACCUCUCUUACAAGUUCCAAGGAUCCCAGAAGCCUGCACUACUGUAACUCAGAGCAGGGCUUUCAAUGCGCUUUUCCAGUUGGAUGAAUGGAUCUCUGCCAUGGGUACCUGUUUUGCUCGCUCCCCCCCCCCAAAAAACCAACAACAUAUAUCUGAUCUUUUAAAAACUGUAUGUUGUGCAUUGCCUCAAGACCUGUGCAUGCAGGAUAAUUAAUAAAUAAGCGCUCUGUAGGCUGUGUUGGUGCAGGUCUAACAUUUGAAUGAGUGAAAGGUAACGUUGGAAGCAACCUUCCUCGGCACAAAAGACAAUUAGAGGUGAUGUUGGACUUGCUUUCCGACUAAGAUCCAAAGAGAAGACAUGGAAGCUGAGCCACGACUUUAAAAGAGGAUUAGGCAGGUGCAUGGAGGACAAGGCUAUCAGAGACUACUCUCUGCAAUGCCUUUGUUCUGCAUCCACUGUGGAGAACAGUUGCUGGAACCCAGAAGUUUGGAGAAUGCUGCUGCACCUAACUCCUGCUUGCAGACUUUCGCGGGCAUCUGGUUGGCCACUGUGAGAAAAAGGAUGCUGGACUAGAGGGGCUUGAUCCAACAGGGCUCUUUUUAUUACAUUAUAUUUGGCUUAGCAUGUUAUUCAGGGAUGCAUAAGCUCUCUCAUAGGACAAUGAGGAAACUGCCUUGCACCGAGCAAGACCAUUGUUUCAUAAAGUUGGUGACUUCAGCAGUUUCCUAGGAUCUCAGACUUAACUGGAGAUGCCAGGGCUUGAACUUUUGCAUAUAAAACAUGUGCGCUGCUCCCUCCCCAACUAGGAGGGGAGGAAUAAAGCAGCUGUGAGGAGGGAAGCCUGCACACUCAUGUGGUGUCCUGCCCACGGUUGUUUACAGGCAUGGGGCUCUUCAAAAUAAGGAUCUGGGUUCAUCUGAAGCUCAGUAGAUGGAGCUUUUUUAUUCUGAAGUUCUCUCCCUGCGUACAACCACAGCCAGGCUAGCAUUCUUUAUCCCCGAAUUCGUCCUUCCAGUCUGUGCAAGUCCUGGGCCUGUGCUUAGAACAGGGCGUUCUGAAAAGCAUGGCCUGGAUGAUGGAAUGGAUCUACUAUUACAAAAAAAGGGAGAAGCAGCUAUGACUGUAAACAAAGCUCACUCCUAGAGAUGUUUGCUCCUUCUGUGGAGCCUGCGAAAAAGGUUAUGCUUCUUGGUUGCUGGAAUAGCCUUUGCUAUGAACACCGAAGAGAAGUAACUUGAGGUAAAUUGAGCUGGAAUGGUUACAAAACAGUCUGGUGAAAGGUGUUUGUGUAACAUCCAGAAGAAAGCGGCUUUGCACGCAUUGAUUCAGAGAAUAUGAAUAUCAUUUUCCAGCCAGAAUCGGUUAUACCAAGUGUUGCUUCCCCUUCCUCUAAGCAUCCUUCCUCGACUGACAAAACUAUAAUUGUUAGACAUUUAUUCAAAGCCUAUUUUCUUUGGGAAUUUUUGCAGGUGCUGUUAUAGUCUGAUAACACAAGUGCCAUUUUAUUCCUUAUUUAUCCCUGGGAUGAGUUGAACUAUACUAUUGAUUCAAACAAGUACGUGGCCACCGGGUAAUUGAAUAUCACAGUUGUUGGAGUACACUGUGAAGCUGCUUGGCUUUCUCCAUGGCUACCUGCUUUUUCUUUUGUCUGCUUUCAGGGUGUGA